GGUGUCGAACUCCCUGAUGGCCGCCAUCAAGCGCUCCCAGGCGAACCAGCGGCGGCACCCGGAGAGCUUCCACGCGUUCCAGCAAGGAUCGGCGGCGACGUCGUUUCUGAAAGUUGAGAUGAAACACUUCGUUUUGUCGAUCCUGGACGAUCCAAUCGUGAGUCGCGUCUUCGCUGAGGCCGGGUUUCGAAGCUGCGACGUUAAGCUCGCGUUGCUUCAACCGCCUCUCCCUCCGGUUCAACCGUUUCACCGGUUCCCCCGGUCGCCUCCGGUUUUUCUCUACAACCUGGAACCGAACCGGCCUGACGAAAAUUGCCGCAGGAUUGCUGAGGUUCUUUUUCGGAAAAGCAAGCGGAACCCUUUGCUGAUGGGCGUUUACGCGAAAAGCGCGUUGAUGAGUUUCGUUGAGAUGGUUGAGAAGGGUCUAGGAGGUUCGGUGUUAGGUUCGGAGAUUAGGAUUAUUUGUUUAGAGAAGGAAAUUGGGGAGUUUGUGAGGGAGGGUGGAAGUGGAGAGGAGAAGAUGGGUGCGAGGUUUCAAGAGUUGGAGAACCAAUGCGAGGGUUCUGAUUCUGGUGUUGUUGUUAGUUUCGGGGAGAUUGAGGCUUUCGUUGGGGAGGGUGUCGAUGCUGAUGCUGUUAGGUUUGUUGUGUCGGGGUUGACGAGGUUGUUGAAGAUCCGUGGUGAGAAAGUUUGGUUGCUGGGAGUGGCGGAAACCUCUCAUGCUUAUUCUAAGUUCUUGGGUUUGUUUCCCAACGUGGGGAACGAUUGGGAUCUUCAUUUGCUCACUGUCACUUCCGCUACUCCUUCCAUGGAAGGACUCUACUCCAAAUCCAGUUUGAUGGGGUCCUUUGUUCCAUUUGGUGGGUUCUUUUCUACACCUGAAAUUAGAAGUCCCGUAAGCUGUACAAAUGCUUCUUUUACCCGUUGUGACACAUGCAAUGAAAAAUGUGAACAAGAAGUUGCUGAUAUUCUGAAGACUAAUGAAGAAAACACAAGUUUGAAUGACAAGAUCUUGGGAUUUCAAAAGAAAUGGAGUGAUAUUUGUCAGUGUCUUCAUCACACAAGCUCACUACCUCAAUUUGAUAUUUCUCAAACAAGGUCUCAAGCUCCAACACUUGAGGCUUUACGGUAUGGUCCAGGUUUUAGGGAAAGCAGCAGCAGAGAUCCAUCACACAAUGAAUUCCAUUGUUCUAGUCAAAAUUCCUACAUGCCCAAAGAGUUGCAUGAUAUUUUUCCAUCAAAGCAGUUACCAUCUGUUCCAUUACCUUUUGAUACAGUCAGCGUUAGUACUGGAAUUGAUCAUGUUCCAAAAGUUUCAGGGACACUGCAAAUUGACUUGAAGACCCCAUGGGUUGCCCCUUCCCCUAUGGCGAAUAAGAGUGUGCUUGACAACAGAUCAUCUUCAUCCCCUACUCCUGUGACCACAGAUUUAGGAUUGGGAACAUUAUAUACGUCAACUGCUCAAGAGCCAGAUACCCCAAAACUAGAAGAUCAAAGAAAGAAUCUUCAGCGCUUGUCAGACUCUGUUUCUACUGAUUGUGAUGCUAUGAAUGAAAAUACUUCACACCAAAUUGCUAGAUCUUCAUGCCCUGGUUCAAAUUUUGAAGGAAAAUUUAAUUUUGCAGAUUUUAAGUCUCUUAAUCGACUUCUCACAGAAAAAGUUGGCUGGCAGGAUCAAGCCAUAUGUGCUAUCAGUCAAUCUUUGUCCCUUUGUAAAUCAGGAGCAGGAAAGCGUAGAGGCUCACAUGGUAGAGCAGACACAUGGUUGGCUUUCCUUGGCCCAGAUAGACUUGGGAAAAGGAAAAUUGCUUCAGUUCUUGCAGAUACUACAUUUGGAAACUCUGAAAGCCUAAUCUCUGUGGAUCUGGGCUUCCAGAACGGCUUUUACCCAUUUAACUCGAUUUUUGAAUGCCAAAAAUCACAAUGUUAUGAUGUUCUUAGGAGGAAAACAGUUGUGGACUAUAUAGCUGGGGAGUUGAGUAGAAAACGCCAUUCUGUUGUCUUUCUUGAAAAUGUAGAUAAAGCCGAUUUUCUGGUGCAGACUAGUUUGUUGCAGGCAGUAAGAACAGGCAAAUUUCCAGAUUCGCAUGGAAGAGCAAUUAGCAUCAAUAACACAAUCUUCCUUGUAACUUCAAGUGUCUGUAAAGGUAAUGGCUCUUCUGUUUCGGAGGAGUCUAGGAUGUUUUCUGAGGAAAGAAUCCUUGAAGCCAAAAGAUGUCAAAUGCAAUUAUCACUCGGACAUGCAACUCAGGAUGCCAAAAGAAUUGGUGGCACAAAUGUUAAGGUUGUACCCAGAAAAGGGGUUUCCAAAUCAUCACCUGGAAACAAAAGAAAGCAGGUUGAUAUUAGUGACUCCAAGGAGGAAGCAACAAGCAAGAUUCAGAAACAGGACAGUGAGGCAUCUCGAUCCUAUCUUGAUCUAAAUAUGCCUGUAGAGGAGGGUGAAGAGAGUAUCAAUGACAAUGACCAUGAAAGUGAAUCCAUAACAGAAAAUACAGACGCCUGGUUACGUGACUUCUUUGAUGAAAUUGAUGAGAAAGUGGUUUUUAAGCCAUUCGAUUUUGAUGAGCUUGCUGAGCAAGUAUUAAAAAGCAUUGGCAUGCUAUUUGAGAAGACAUUUGGUUCAGAGCUUCAGCUGGAAAUUGAUUAUGAGGUUAUAGCGCACAUACUUGCAGCUGCUUGGUUAUCAGACAAAAAGAAUGCUGUGGAGGAUUGGGUUGAAUAUGUUCUUGGCAGAGGCUUCGUUGAAGCUCAGCAGAAGUACCAUCCUGCAGCUCAAUAUGUCAUGAAACUGGUUAAUUGUGAAACCAUUUUUGUGGAAGAGCAAGCUCCUGGUGUAUGCCUUCCAGCUAGAAUUAACAUGGACUGACUUUUUGCUCACUUUGUAUUAUUGUAAUCACUUGUAUAAUGUAGCUUUUAGAAUAUAGCAUUUGGUAGUUACAGCGGUUUUCAGCUAAUUAAUCUCACAAUUUUUGUCUUAUUAAUCAUUGUGUUGUAAUUCCUAUGGUAAAUGAAUGUGUAUUUUUCUAUAACAUAUUUAAUACAUCUCUCUUUGUCCUUAA